UCUCAAGCAGAAGGAAGUAGGUGUUGUACCCAUAAAUGGCCUCCCUUAACACACCACUACCACAAUGAAACAUUCUGGUUUAGCCUAUUUGAAUCCUCAUUAAAUACAUGCCCCUGAGGUCUUGCAUGUAACACAGCUUCUGCUACACCUCUGCAGGAGCCAGACUGUUGCAAAAGCUCCGUUUGCAGCAGUCCCUUCUUUCCGGCAGGGUUUUUCCUAUUGUGGAAAGUGUCUCUGCAGCACGGUCGUGCAGCAUGCUAGAUCCUGAGGGCAGUGUGGAGCACAAGCCUUCCUCUUCCUUCCCCAAAGUUUUUCUCAUCCCUCUAGCCAUGCUCCUUGCAAUUGCAGCACUCCUGCUCUUAGCAUUUUCCGCUACGCAGCAAAAAGAGACUGAUUUUUACACUUUCAAAGUUGUAAACAUCAGGGGCAAACUAGUCUCUCUGGAGAAGUACAGGGGCUCGGUGUCCCUAGUUGUCAACGUUGCAAGUGAAUGUGGUUUUACAGAUAGCCAUUACAAGGCCUUGCAACAGUUACAGAAAGACCUGGGCCCCUAUCAUUUCAACGUGCUGGCAUUCCCAUGCAAUCAGUUUGGGCAGCAAGAACCAGACACUAACAAAGAAAUUGAGAGCUUUGCACGAAAGACUUACGGUGCCUCCUUUCCUAUGUUCAGCAAAAUUGCAGUCAGUGGAGCUGGUGCAAUCCCUGCCUUCAAGUACUUAAUUGAUUCUACAGGAGAAGAACCAACCUGGAACUUCUGGAAAUACCUGGUAGGCCCCAAUGGGAAAGUUGUAAAGGCCUGGGACUCUACAGUCUCUGUUGAGGAAAUAAGACCUUAUGUUACAGAACUUGUAAGGAAAAUCAUCCUGAAGAAAAAAGAUGAAUUAUGACUUUCAAAAAUCCCAGCAUGCCAAUUACAUCUUCAUUGGAAAUUAGGACUGGACUUUGUCUUUUCACAUUCCAAAAGUGGGAAUACAGGGAAGGGAAAACAUGACCAGUGAAAUCUAUAUUCACCAUCCUCAGAAUGUAGAAAACAAAAAAAGUAAUUUAAAUUUAAAAGUAAUUUAAAAUUAUCUAUCCCCAACUGAAUUCUAUUUUACCUUUCUAAGAAGGAAGACCUCAUCAGCAAUUGUUUAUUUCCCAACUCAAAUUAUUGACUGUUGAUAACACUACCAGAAGUCAGUUAAUGUAUCUCAAGGAAAAAGGCUCAUAAUAACAAGAAUUUUCUGACUGGGAUCUCACUAACAUCUACAAUUCUGUUUUCAUAUUUUGAUUGUGAACUGAAUGAAAAAAUAAAGAGUAAAAAGUGCACGAUUGAUUUAAGGCAUGUACUAGGAAGAAGGCCAAAUCAGAUUCCUUCAAACCAGGCAGACCUAUACAAACAUAUGUUUUUCCAAAGUUUAUGUUUUUCUGAAGUUUGGUAUGUUUACCAAAGUCAAACACAUUUAAUUUCAUCUGCCAGGAAAGUCAGUGGUUAAGGGCAUAUGAAAAACACAUCUAUAAAACUUAAUUGAAAGAAAUAUGAAAACAAACUCUCCAAAAAAAAGUCUCCAAAAGCUAUAAGGAGAUCUUUGCAUUUUUUUCAUCCAGUAAAGAUUAUUAGAUUAUAUUUGAAUAGCCAUUUGAACAUCUAUAGCAUCAGAGCAUGUAAGAAAUGGCUAUUGCUUUUUUCUAAUAGCUUUUUGGCUUAGAAGACUUACCUACAAUUGAUGUUAAGUUUAUUUUUCAAUUUAUGAUCCCAUCUGAUUUUUCUGCAUGUGCAGAUAAACAUUAAAGAAUCAACAUUUUUCUGUGGAAA